GGACGCUGCCGAGAGAGAAGGCCGAACUCCGCCUGGUUUCCACUUGGCGGAGGCGUCUGCCUGCCUGGAAAUCCGUCGAGCGUUGCGGGCGCAGCAGUUGAAAAGCGUACGCCGUGAGCGACAGACACGCCGCAGUCGAUCCGUUCGAGUCCGUUCCGCUCCGUUCUUUCCGCUCCGAACCGGACGGAUCCGUAACCCCGCCCGUGGAGCACUCCGCCGGAAUUAAAGCUGCCAAGAGCCAAAGGGCCUAACCAGGCGGUCAACUAAUCCGUAGUUAACUUAACUAACCCGCAGUUAACUCCUUGGUGCCUGGGUUUUCCUGUUUCUGUGCGCGUGUGUGUGUGUCUGUGUACAGUGGCAAGUGGAAAGAGGCAAGAGUUGGGAGGGGGCAGCAGUACGUGUCGCCAUAAGAAUUUUCCGAGUGCGCCGGGUAACGCGAGACGGGAAAUUCGGAAAACAACCUGAAAUCCAUUUGCCGCAAUUUGAGAAACCAGCGACAACAACAUGUGUAAACGCUAACGAGCGCGAAAACGCGAACAUUUUGAUUGAUUUUUGAUUGACAUGCCACUCAGCGCAUGCCACCCACCUCGAAAAGUGACAAAAAAGAAAAAUAACAGAGGGGGGCUGAGAUAAAAUAAAACAAACAAUAAACUUGAGGAGCACUCGCAGCAACAUGUAUUCUCUACAAAAUCAAACAAAAUAUUGAAACGUUGUAAGCGAUUUCGGGUCUAAAAAAUAAUUGCCCCAAGGGCUGUCAGCGAAAGUGCCAGCGCAAACAGCAAAAAAUACAUAUAUUUUCCACAAACAAAAUGCAAUCAAAUCAAGGUCCAUAAAAACCGAACAAGGAAAAACCAAGUUGGGCAAAAAAUCAAACAAAGUAAUAAUAAAAAUCCACAGCAUCAGGCGUCUAAUCAACUGCCAUAUAUAUUUAUUUAAAAAAAAACGCUGAGUUUGGCAACUGUUUUUCUGGCUUCUCGGUUAGAUUUCCUACUCCCUUGCUGUGUCAGUGUAGUGGUGUAUUUUAUUUGUAUAUAUAUGUUUCAUGUAUAUUUGUGCCUGGCUAUGAAAAAAGGAUAAAAUAUGCCGACAUUGAUUUUCUCCAGCGACAACAACAGCACCACCACCAUCAUCAUCAUCGGCUAAACAACAAAAGCAACAUCCUUAAUAAGAAUCAAGUCGAAAAAGUUGCAGGAUUCGACGAGGGCAAAGUUUUUCGGACAUUUUCGGUUGCUUUUGCAGCACUAAGCCGCGGAUGAUUAAAACGAUAAAAAGGCUGGACAUCUGUUAGGAACCCACUUGAAAGCAAGCGGCGUUAAACGAGACACAAAACAAGUUCGACAAGGAGACGCGGCAAAUGCAUUACAUUAUAAUUUCAUUAAGGACAUCAGCCUUUCUCUGCCGCCAGUGAAACAACGUAGCCGGGAGAUAAAAGAGAGGUUGGAGGAGAAAAAACAGAGGUGGGGAAAGGCGUGCGGAGAAAGUCGGAAAGCCGCAAAAGGCGACAAUAGCCCCCGAGCCCAUUGCCUACUUCUGAGCGCUGUCAAGCGCGAAUCAAGAGCCUGGCAUUUUUAUGAAAUUAAUACAAAGGACGCUGAAGGAGUAGAGGCUGAGCCGAGUGGAAGCGGAAGUAGCAGCCAUGACAAAAGCGCCAGCGACAGGACAAUGAUGGGCCGCACUCCGAUAGCGAUUAAAGUGGAAGGAGAAGCGCUGCUUUUAUGGCCCGACACUGCUCGAGUAGACGUGACAGCGUCCGAUCGGCUAAUAAUAUUUACCCGCGGAAAAAGCCCGGCUGCAUAAUUUGACAUGCCAACGUGAGCCAGCUGGCGAAAAUUGUUUACCCAAGUGCUGCACAGGCAGAGCGAAGAAAACGCAAGUACGAAACAUAGAAGGAUCUCUGAACAAAGGACUAAGCCCAGCCGGAGGCACUUGAGACAAUGAGUGGUCUGCCAAUCUGGAUACCGCUCCUUGCACUUCUGGGCAUCACUGCCGCCUGUCCGCCGGAGGUGUGUGUGUGCAAAUGGAAGGGGGGCAAGCAGACGGUGGAGUGCGGCGGCCAGCAGCUCUCCAAUCUACCGGAGGGCAUGGAUCCGGGCACCCAGGUCCUCAACUUUAGUGGCAAUGCGCUGCAGGUGCUGCAAUCGGAGCGGUUCCUACGUAUGGAUCUGCUCAACCUGCAGAAGAUUUAUCUAUCCCGGAAUCAGUUGAUCCGGAUACACGAGAAGGCCUUCAGGGGGCUGACGAAUCUGGUCGAGCUGGAUCUCAGCGAGAAUGCGCUGCAGAAUGUGCCCAGCGAGACGUUUCAGGACUACAGCUCACUGAUGCGUCUUUCGUUAAGUGGAAAUCCUAUCAGGGAGCUGAAGACAUCCGCCUUCCGGCACCUGUCCUUCCUCACGACACUGGAGCUGUCCAACUGCCAGGUGGAGCGGAUCGAGAACGAGGCCUUCGUGGGUAUGGACAACCUGGAGUGGCUGCGACUGGACGGCAAUCGGAUUGGGUUCAUCCAGGGCACCCACAUCCUGCCGAAGUCUCUGCACGGCAUUAGCCUGCACAGCAAUCGGUGGAACUGCGACUGCCGCCUCCUGGACAUCCAUUUCUGGCUGGUCAACUACAACACCCCGCUGGCCGAGGAACCCAAGUGCAUGGAACCGGCGAGGCUGAAGGGUCAGGUGAUCAAGAGCCUGCAGCGGGAGCAGCUGGCCUGUCUGCCGGAGGUCAGUCCCCAGUCGAGUUAUACGGAGGUGAGCGAAGGCAGGAACAUGUCCAUCACCUGCCUGGUCAGGGCCAUCCCGGAGCCGAAGGUCCUUUGGCUGUUCAAUGGCCAGGUGAUGAGCAACGACAGCCUGAUGGACAACCUGCACAUGUACUACUAUAUCGACGAGACGAUCGGAGUAAGUGGCGCCGAGGAGAAACGCAGCGAGAUCUUCAUCUACAACGUUGGUGCCGAGGACAAUGGUACCUUCUCCUGCGUGGGCCAGAACAUAGCUGGCACCACCUUCAGUAACUACACCCUGAGAGUCAUAAUCAAGGAGCCGCCGGUGGUGAAUGAGGUCUCCUUCCCCAGGGACUACAUGAACUAUAUUGUGGCCAGCAGUGCCGGUGGCGGCAUUAUCUUCGUGGUACUCCUCUGCACCAUUGUGGUCAAGUGUAAGAAGACUUCGGAGCCGGUCAAGCAGCGCAAAAAGUGCGAUCAGGUGACGAGUAUUGCCGGUGGCACUGACUCCUCGACGGGGAGCACCCAGGAUACGGGCAUGGGCAUGAUGAAGUGCGCCUCGAUACUGAAUGAUGGCGGGGAUAGUCUAAACGGAAACGCAGGACUCCUACUGGGCGAUACCUUGACACCCACCAAGGCGGCGAAUGGAGCAGCUGGCGGGGGCAUUAUUCUGGGCAAUCAGAUGAAGCAGAACCUACUGCUCUACGCCACUCCGAAUUCCGCCCAGCAGCAGCUGCAGCUGAAUGUCAAUCUGAUGGGCACUGGACCAGGAUCACCGCCGUUGCUCCUGAGCAAUGGCCACGGCUUGGCGGCAGCUUACUGCUCUCCUCCCGCCUCGCUGCGAAAUUACCAGGAGAAGAAUCCGGACUUGGUCAACGAUGCGGAGAGUGUCAAGCAUAAGCUCAAGACGGCGGUGAGUCUGGACGGAGCCGGGGAGUACGAGACGCAGAGCGACUGCGGUCAGUACGAGGGCUGCUAUCAGCUGGCGGCCGCUCCACAUCCGCAUCAGGGACACCAGCACCCACAUCCGGGACAUCCGCUAAUGGGACGCUUUGCCCAGGCGAUGACCACCUUGCCGCGCGGCAUGCAACUGAAGCCGGCUCCCCAUCAAGUUGAUGUCCACCUGAAUCCGGUGUGCUUCCUGGGCCAAGAUGGAUCCUUCGCAUACGACUACAGCAGUGCCCAUAUGGUGCAGCAGCCACCGCAGCAACAGCAGCAGCAGCAACAGGUGCAGCCUGCCAACAACUUCUAUCGCACGUUGCCACACAACAGGUUGCACAAACAGCAGCAAUUUCAGGCGGCUGCGGCAGCAGGCGGAAAUGUCGGUGUGUGUGGCAAUCCUACACUGCGCUACAGCCUCGAGGCCGAGUUCAUCCAGAGGGGUCCGACGGUGAGCUACGAGAAGUACCAGCUGCCCAAUGUGCGCUUCACAGCGGAGGGUUAUCCUCAGCAGCAGCAGCAGCAACAGCAGCAACUUCAGCAGCAGCAACAGUUGCAGCUGCAGCAGCAGCAUCAGUUCCCCUCGCCGCCAGAGGGCUACAAAAGCGAUUUGGCGGUGAUGCCGGCGCCGUUUCAGCAGUGGCCCAGCUGUUUGCCCGGCUACCGAUUCGCCCAGUCACCCACCAGCCUGCCAGCGGUUGCAACUCCACCACCAGCCGCAGUGGUGGCAACACCACCACCGCCCACAUCAGCAGUAAGCACACAAUCCACGGCCACAUCCACCAUUCCGGAGCUGGAUGAAAGCGAGGCGAGUUCGCCGCGCCUCGAGGAAGCCGCCGGGUCUGCAGCGCCACCUGCCGGUGAGGAGGAGAGUUCGGACACCGCGAAACUCAAACAGCUUAAUGGCCCCUUGGCCGACAGUCCCGACGAGGGAUACGUGGGCGAUGGCCAGGAAACCAGCGACAUUUGACCCGGCCAGCAGCCAACUGCCAGGGAUGAAGCGGCCUUAGACGAUUCAGUGGCUCUGUAAAUGGCCAGGCUGAUCACCAAAACCACUCAUAGCCUAAGUUCACCCUUCACUUGUUUCCGUCCCGCUGAUUUUUUACAUCACUUACAUUUUCCCUUUUCUGUUUGCUGGCUCGCCCCAAAAAAAAGGAAGCAAAACAAACAAAGGCAGACCCAAGUUUAACCUAAUAAUUGGCUGAAAGAGAGAGCUCCGAAUGCGAGUCCGAAAAGUAGAAGGGCCAGAAAACCAAAUAAUAGAGGGAGAGCAGGAACCGGAACUCUCCAGCAAGCCGAUGUUCAAAUGCCCAGUGUAAAAGGAUCAAGUUUCAGUUAGUUAAUGGGAAUGAAGGAAAAGUUCACGUCAGGUGUGGGAAGUUUUACCUGAACAAUAUAUUUUUUGUAAAUUGCUUCCGAUUGAAAGUUGAGUUUAAAUCAUGAAGUGUUAUGGAUAAUCAAUCAAUUUAAGAGGUCAUAUUUUGAUAUUCAAACCAUUUCAAUUUGUUAUUUUAGUUACAGUUGCAUGAAGUCGUGUCAGGACUCCCAAAAUAUCAUGACUUUUCCGCAGGACUCUUUGCGUUCAGAGUAUUUGGCAGAACAAUAGGCGGACCUAACCUAAUAAAGCCGAAAAACAAAGACGCCGCUAAACAAAAGCCUCUUGUCGUUGUUUGUUUCUGUUUGCUGCGUGCUUCGAGUGGCAAGCUGGCAGCGUUUUAUUUCCGCUGAUGUAAUUGAAAAACUUUUUCAUUUAAUAUAAAGUUUUCAGCAGCUUCCCCGCAGCACAAUGGCAAGAAAGCGAGGAAAGAAAAAGCGAGGGGACGCAAAGAAAUCCCGGGCCUACAAGACUACUAGACAUGUGGGGGGAUUCCUAUGUGGGCUAUGUGUGCCGAUUGAGUUGUUGUAUUCUCGCAGGCGUUGUUAGUUGACAAUCGACGAGGAAGUCCCAUCCACCCCUUUCUGUGCAUCCACUUCACGAGGUUCCGAGUCGGUGGCUCACUUCAGAGCCAAGUGGCAUGUGUUUUCGCCAUGGCGACACCUGCUCUCCGUGGCACAAAGGACUCCAGCUCGAGUACCCGGCUGUUGAACUGUUGAGCCUUUCAAGGGAAAGGACUAAGUCUAGAUUUCCGGCCGAAAAUCGCGAGUGGCAUCAAGGGCUUACCCCGUGUAGUGUGCUCUAGUUUAUGAAAUUUUAAUUCGGGCCACAUCCGCUUCAGAGUUGCAUUUAAAUAAUUUAUCGCAUUUAUUUUCCAUAGAACUUUCUUCGAGUCUGAAACAAACCUUCGUCCUUCGUCCUUCACCCUACACCCCCCACUCACUUAAGAAUUUGAUUUUCCCGCCUUAAGUUUGUUGUAUUGGAUCAAACAGACAUGAACACGAGUGUUUCCGGGUAUCGUUAAAGUAGAUAUCGUAAAUUAGAUCGGCUAACAUUGUCAGAACUAACUAAAUUUAGGAUAACCCUGUUUGAGACUUGUAUGUAAAUGUAGCCAUAGAAAUCGUUUAAGCAGAGCCCUAGCUUUCCCUUUUAACGUAAAAGUUAUGUAAAGUGUUCAAGACUUUUCCACUGUAACAUAAAUUGAAGAAAAAUGGAGAAAAGCGGAAAUGCUUGCAAAAGUAUUUUGAAGAGACAAAAAAAAAAAAAAAACAAAAACAAUUAGCAAUAGCUAAAUGCAUAUGAGGGAGUGAGGGCAGAAGCAAUCAUUUAAGCACAAUAUGGAAUAUUGUAAAUUGCAUAAAUAAAUCAUUAGACGUAAGAACAAGGCAAACACACUCGUACUCGGAAUGAUUUGUGUAUGUAGCGAAUGACUAAAUUUUAUUUUCACCAAGUGAGUUAGUUGGCAAAUGCACCAAAAGGAAUAUAGAAGCAGAAUCUAAAUUAAAAAACCGAAAAUACAACAAAAACACAUUUUAGCCUAGCAAACUGUUUAAAACUCAACCCAAACACAGACACACUCAAGGUACAUAUAUUAAACAAAGGAAUUGCCAGCUGGCAGAAUAAUUUUAAAUAUUAUAUGGCAUACACUACAAUAUAAAGAGAAUGUUUAGCAUAAGUUAAUGGUUAGGCAAAGCAUACACGCAUAAACCUAAUAAAAGGGCCAUAAAAGGUAACAGAGAGAUAAAUUCAGAAGAACAUUGGGAAGACACACAAUCUAGUUAUAAAUAAAUUCUCUAAGGUAAAUUAAAAUCGAAAUGCAUAAAGAUAAUAAGAGAAGCAAAGUGUAUAAAAGGAUAAGAGAGAAAUUAAACCGAAUAAAACGCAUUAAACUGAAGAAUUUAAUAAAAACUAAA